UCAUGACAAAUCCAAGCCGAUGUAUCUCUACCUGCCGUUCCAAGCUGUACAUGAACCACUGCAGGUACCGACCAAAUAUUCAAACCGAUACAGCCACAUUCAUCAUGGACAACCUACUUCUUGUGUUUACAACAGACAAUGGUGGGCCUCCUAGUCAAGGCGCAAAUAACUGGCCACUGAGGGGCGGGAAAGCCACACUGUGGGAGGGAGGCACCAGGGGAGCGGGUUUCGUCUACAGCAAGACUCUGCUGAAGAAGACAGGCUACACACAUCCUGGUCUGUUCCACGCCGUGGACUGGUACCCCACGUUAAUGGACAUAGCGGGGGGAGACUCCAGCCAGCUGGACAUAGACGGGUUGAGUCAGGUCGACAUGAUCCUCAAUGGAGGUGGCAGCGUCAGGAAGGAAUUUGUCUACAACAUCUACGACGACCACUAUGCUGCAGCUCUCAGGUGGGGAGACCUGAAGUUGAUCGUUGGAGACCCUGGUUACUCAGGAUGGUACCCUCCGGCUGGGUCUGACUUAGACGUCCCCCCCGUCAUGGACGACUCUCCCCUCCCCAACGUCAUGCUGUACAACAUCAGCGCCGACCCCACGGAGCACCAGGACAUCUCCAAGGACAACCCAAACCUCGUCAACUUCCUGCUGCAGAUGCUGGCGAUGAAGAAUGGGACUCGGGUGCCUGCGAUGGACCCACCCUCUGACCCGCGAUCUAACCCUGUCAACUUCAACGGUAUCUGGAGCCCCGGCUGGUGCUAAGCAUUGGUGUUGUAUCAUGCAGCAUGCCAGUCUACCUCCUUCACUGUGAGGAUCCUUUGUGAAUUCACAGCUAACUCAAACAAUCCUUCUUUAUCAUCAUAAUCAUAAUUGUGCCAAUUCUGCAGAACAGUCUACUAUUACAGGUUUAACUAUAAGGACCAUUCGUCUUAACUUUUAUUUUUUAAUUAUUAUUUGUUUCAUAUUCAGAAGAAAUACAAGUCGACCCUAAGUUAUAAAACUGUGAGCAGGGAACGUGUCAGAGAGUCUUUGUACAAGACACCAAUCAUGGGAUGUUCUGAUAUCUGUAGGGGAGACAACUUAUACAAGAUGAAGCUAUGGUCUUUGCUUUCAUUAAAAACAUAUGACAUAUA